AUGGCCGAAAUGGGCACCCAGCCCGAGGUGUCCAUGCUGUAUCACGAGCUGGAGAACGAGCCCGAGGAGGAACAGGAUACGCGCUCCGUCAUCUCGUCGGUGAGCGACUGGUCGGUCUAUGAUGAGCCCGACUCGGAGGAUGAGGCCAUUCGGAGAGAGGAGAUGAAGAUACUCAGGGAGGCACCAGAUAUGUCCGAUAUCGACCCGCUUGGAGCAGAAUAUGAGGAGCAGGAGAGACAGAGGGUGUGGGCUGAAAAGGUACGGCUACAUGAAGAGCGCCAAAAAAAGCUGGAAACCAGGAAGAAGGAAAGAGAUGAGCGACGUCGCAAAAAGCGGGAAGAACAGGAGGAGUCCAAGCGCCGGAAAAUGGAGGAAAAAGAGCGGCGAAAGAAGGAGAAAGAAGAGAUGCGCAAGCAGAUUCGGUUUAUGAAACACAGUGCAGAUCAGACCGAUCCGGCAGAUCUGAGCAUCACCAGCGCUCAAACGCAAGAAGUGCAAAAGGUGUCGAAAAAGAGCCAGACAAAAUUGACAAGCCUGGAAUCCACAGAACUGCAGGCCUUAAAGUCGAAGAAGCAGUCGCGCCCAUCCAGCCACCUCUCCGCGAUGGGACCCUCAUUUUCGGCUGUCAGCGCUUCGCUACCAUCAUUCCCUACAUCACCGCAGCCGCCGCCAGAACCCAAAGUAUCGAUGAGCGAAGAUGAAAAUGGGCUGCCCGUGGCUGAGGUAUCUGUAACACUGGAGCUCGUGAAAGUGCCCGUCGACGAGUACGGCUAUGAAAUCUUCUCUUCUGAUGACUACGACAAGGAGAUGGGCGACGACAGCGUGUUCUUCUCCUCCGACGAGGACGUCGGCGAGAUGGAGGCGUACUCCGUUAGCCAAAUGACGCAAACGGAUUUCGAGCAGAAAGAUGCCGGCCCACCGACACUACCCCGGCAAGUUCGGCUCUCCUCAGCAGAAGCGCCACAAGUCGUCGAGCCGACCGUCGUUGAGGCCUCCUCAAGCGAGCAGACGGCAACCAGCGAGCCUGAGUCGGCCAAGGAGUCCGAGGCCGAGGUUUCAGACUCCUGGAAAGAACGGUUGUCAAGGAGAGCGUCAUCUACAGAAAAACGGAGUAUUGAGAUCACAGCGCCGGAAAUUCUGGAAGAACUGCUGGGGGAUGAGGUGCACUUUAUGAUCGAAUCCGGGAUGCAGACCGAGCGCAGCGGGUUUAUGAGAAGGGAAUCCCAAACCUACGUGGAGCUGCAAGACUCGGCCGACCAGACAAUUCCCGAAUAUGCAAAUACGGGCGCCCAGAGCGUUGUCACCACCAUUCAACAGGAUCAGGCGGGUUAUUUAAUUAUUUUUAAUUGGCAUCUUCGAUCAGGUGGCUCGAUGUGGCAUUAUAGCAAUAGUUUAAUCGUGACCGAAACGACUACGGAGACUCCUCAGGACGAUCUGCGCUUUAUGGUAUCGUCGAGUACACAGGUUGAGGUCGACCAUCGGGAUGUGGAGGCACAGAUUACCCCUCAGCAGACUACUGUAUCUACCGAGUGCAGCGUUGAGCUAAAGGAAACGGCGACAACAUGCCGGCCAGAGGUGGAGAGCGUUGAGGUCUCCUGCGUCCCGACGCUCUCCACCACGGCGAUGGCUACCGUAACCCCGCUAUUGGCGGACAAUGGGGUCCAGGCUGCUGCGACGAGAACGGAUCGACAAACGCAGGAGACCGUGGUGGGACCCGACCACCUCCCUGAGACUUCCGAAACCCAAACCGACGAGCAAUUAGAAUUGAACACCGUUCAAUUGUGGUCUGACUUUGACGUGGUCGCCGUCGGCGAGGAGGACAACUCUGAGCACGAGACUGUAGAUGAACAUGUCGAGGUGUGGCAGGAGACACCGCUCGGCCCGCAGUUGUGGUCUGAUUUUGAUGUGGUGGCUGCGAAGAAUUCCGGGCAGCCACAGAGUACGGAGCAACAGCAGCAGAUGGUUACUGUACCUCUACAAGAAACAGGGGAAAUCUCUGAGAAUAAGGAAAAGCCGAAGAAGCUGAUUAGGAGGAAGAAGAAGCCGAAAAUUGAAGAUGUUUCGGCGCAGACGGAAGAACCGCCGAAAAUUGAUCAGGGCAUCGGGACUGAAAACCAGCAAUGGAUUAAGAUCUACAUGGACGAGCUGGAGGCGGUGAGGAAGGGACAGCGGCGGGAUGUUGGCCUCCAGACCGGUGUGCUGUCCCGGGUUGAGCAUCUAUUGGGCCGGAAGGUGACCAUCACCAGCGAGGAGGACGACCCAGCGGCGGCUUCCACCUCCAAAAAGACGCCCCACGCCGCCCUCGAGUCGUUCGGCGAGGGCAUGACCAAGGCUAGCAGCGACGAGGCACUCCAAAUGACGCGCGCCGCCGAGCCGAGGCCGUUCGGCAAGAAGCGUUCUACUUCUUAUAAGAAGCUGAAAAGCUUGGCGGCCGAGAAGAAGGUGGCCGAGAAACAGCAGACUGUCCAGGAUUUAAGGGAGCCAAAAAUGGGCGACGGUGGCGAUGCUGUACAGCACAUCGAUGAUACAACGGCCUGGGAAAAAGUGGCUGGGCGUGGAAAGGGACCGACCAUUAGCGAGGCGGAAUCGCACGGGGGCUUUUCCGCUGCUGGCCAA